UUAUGGCAACCUGGUUCCGUCGCGAAGCGCUGUGGGCGACCCGCGUGAGUGAGUUGACUAGACAACUUGGUGGUGGGAAACGCGUCUCUUGGAGGUGGGAGACUUUGACGUUUUUUGCUAUGGGCAAACGCGGGAGCCGGAGCCAGAGCGAGCUGCUCACCACCCUGACUAAGAAGCAGAAGAAGCAUCUUCGGGAUUUUGGCGAGGAGCAUCCAUUCUAUGACAAGGUUUCUGGAAAGGAGGCAAAACCACAGAUUUAUCAACUGUCAGAGAGUUCAGAUACUUCAGGUUCUGAAAGUGAAGCAGAGAGUGAACCAGAACAAGUUUCUGGGUACCACAAACUUCUUGCCACAUUAAAGAAUGCUGUAGAAGAAGAUGAGGAGGAGGAAGAGAAUGAAGAAGAAGAGGAAGACGAAGAAGAAGACAGUGCUGUAGAUGAGGCGGAAAUGAACAGUGAAGAUGGUGAUAGUGAUGUCAGUGUGGAGAAAGAAACAACAGGAGGGUCUACCAAAGUGCAGGAGAGUACGGAUUUACCUGGUGACCCUGAAGGAAAAGGUGGGGAUGGACCACUUGGCACAUCACAAGAAUCCCUUGAGGAGUUCACAGAUGCAAAACAUGAGUCACUUUUCAGCCUGGAAACCAAUUUUCUUGAAGAGGAAAGUGGAGGCACAUGCUCUCUGAAAGUGUCACAAGAUCCAUUUCUACAACAUAUGAGCAAAGAACUGAAGGAAGAAGAAAUUCAAGCUGUUGCCACAAAUCCUAAAACUACACACCAGCUAAAAUGGCCAAUAUUAGGCCAGCUUGUCUUCUCCUCUAAGUUUCAGAAGUUGGAAACUUUUAAACCUUCAAAGGACAUUGAUUUAAAGUCACUUCAUCUCCAGAAGCCUCUGGAAUCCACCUGGACCAAGACCAACAGCCAGUUCCUCUCUGGUCCCCCCAAAUCAAGUGGCCCCUUCACCCCCCUCCAGAAAGAGCUCUUCUUAAUUAUGAAUUCUUACCGGGACCUGUUCUACCCAGAAAGGACCGCCCUGAAGAAUGGGGAGGAGAUCCGCCACGUGUACUGCCUACAUGUAAUAAAUCAUGUCCUCAAAGCCAAUGCCCGGGUGCUUGGUAACAAUAGCAGACGCCGCAGCCAGAAACUUGGGGUGGGUGACGAUGAUGACUUCAGAGACCAAGGGCUAACAAGGCCCAAGGUGCUAAUAGUUGUACCCUUCCGGGAAGCUGCUCUGCGAGUGGUACAGCUCUUCAUCAGCCUCCUCGAGGGUGACAGCAAGAAGAAAAUAAUUGUGAGCAACAAAAAGAGGUUUAAGGGAGAGUAUGGCUCAGAUCCUGAGGAGAGACCACCCAACCUCAAGAGGCCCGAGGAUUACGAAGCUGUGUUUGUCGGCAACAUCGAUGAUCACUUUCGGAUCGGAGUGGCAAUACUUCAGAGAAGCAUCCGACUCUAUGCCCCCUUUUACUCCUCUGACAUCCUCAUUGCCUCCCCGCUGGGCUUGAGGACCAUCAUUGGUGCAGAAGGAGAGAAGAAGAGAGAUUUUGACUUUCUGUCUUCAAUUGAGCUGCUCAUCAUUGAUCAAGCUGACAUUUACCUGAUGCAGAACUGGGAGCAUGUCCUGCAUUUGAUGAACCACAUGAACUUACUGCCCUUGGAUUCACAUGGAGUGGAUUUCUCUCGAGUGAGGAUGUGGAGCCUCAAUAAUUGGUCUAAGUACUAUCGCCAGACACUGCUUUUUGGGGCCCUGCAGGAUGCCCAAGUCAACUCUGUGUUCAACAAGUACUGCGUCAAUCUGCAAGGCCAGGUGGCUGUGAGGAAUGUCCCAAUGACAGGCUCUAUCAGCCAUGUCCUGGUGCAGCUUCCACAUGUCUUCCAGAGGUUGGAAGCUGAAAACCUAGCUUCAGUGAUUGAUGCCAGGUUUAACUUUUUUGUGAACAAGAUUUUGCCUCAGUACCGUGAUGCCGUGAUGUCUCACACACUCAUCUACGUCCCCUCCUACUUUGACUUUGUGCGGCUCCGGAAUUACUUCAAGAAGGAGGAACUGAAUUUCACCCACAUCUGCGAGUACACUCAGAAGUCCAGUAUCUCCAGGGCCAGACACUUUUUCCUUCAAGGAGAGAAGCAGUUCUUGCUCCUCACAGAGCGCUUCCAUUUCUACAAAAGGUAUACCAUUAAAGGGAUCAGGAACCUGAUUUUCUAUGAACUGCCAACGUAUCCCCACUUCUACAGUGAAGUCUGUAACAUGCUGAGAGCCACCAGCAGAGGAGAGGAAGCCACCUGGACUUGCACUGUCCUCUACUCCAAGUAUGAUGCCCAGCGGCUGGCUGCUGUGGUUGGCGUGGAGCGGGCCGCACAGAUGCUGCAGUCCAAGAAGAACGUUCACCUGUUUAUCACUGGAGAAAGAUGAAACUUUGUUGGACAGGAAAUGGUGUUGGUGGGGUAAUAAUGCUUACUUCUGUGCCACUUGGACCCAGUUCUGAUCACUUACAUGAGAGAAGGACUGCUAUAAGGAAGGAGCACCAGGCAGCAUCAUAUUGGAUGAUUCUUUUUAGGUCAUGUGUCCCUGAAAAGUUAACUAAAUUUUGUAAACUAAAUUUUGGUCACCUCUUACAGAGAUCAGGAGGGAGCUGAUAAACUCCGAGACGUUGAUAGAGGAAAAACUUCUACUUGAAGCUCUUUGUAAGCCAUAAAUUCUUUUAUUGUUAUUUUAUUCUCUAAUUUAUUACACUUGGUAAAUUCUUUCA